AUGUCUGCCGCCGUCCGCUCGUUCCACCGCAGGCACCACACCAGCCCGUCACCUCACCCCUCAACUAAUCUCACAUGUCAGUUUUUUUGCUCGCCCGUCUCACCCUGUAUUGUGAUUUACUAUGUUGUGUGCUCCUGGAGUUACAGCGCUGCUCUCGUCUUUCUCCCCACAGCUAAAAGCAAAGAACCUGAGAGAGUGACGGAUGCUAAAGUCAAUAGAGCUCCAGUCAGCCCUCACUCUCCGUCGCUAGGACUGAGGAACCACCAUGCUAUCCAGGAAGCUGCUGGGCCCAGCCAUGUGGCCAUCAACGCCAUCUCUGCCAACAUGGACUCCUUCGCCCGCGGUCGCACCGCCAUACUCAAGAAGCAGCCAAGUCACAUGGAGGCUGCACACUUUGGAGAUCUCGGUCAUUCCAGUGUGAACUACCAGCCCCAGGAGACCCGCUCUCGACUGUCCAAGACGGUGGACCAGGUCCUCCGGGACAACGUGGCGAUGCCCCACUACAUGCAUUUCACGGAACUACAAGGCGCCGACCACCUGGUUCGGUUCUGGUUGGAGGCCGAGAGUUUCCGCUCCACCAGCUGGUCGCGUGUCCGAGCGCACAGCCUCAACUCUGUCAAACACAGCUCCUUGGCCGAGCCGGUCCCCGUCUCUGCAGAUGGCUCGGAGCUCCCUCAGAACGCAGCUGAUCCCCUCGCCCGGCACAUUAGCAGUGAAGGCGCUACAGUGCCGUCUGAGCGGCGGGACUCUUCUAGCGCAGAAGUAGGUCUGAGACCCAGUACGCCUCGAGUAGAAACCCCCAGCAGGCAGACGCCCUCCAGGACAGGGACUCCCUACAAGGUGCAGUCAAACAGCACCCUGCGAGACCUCUCCGACAAACUCAUGAAAAGUAUAGAGAAAGAUGCUGUUACCAUCUUCACCAAGUACAUCUCUCCAGAUGCCGUGAAGCCCAUUCCCAUCACGGAACAGAUCAGAAAUGACAUAGUUGCUAAAAUAUGUGGCGAAGAUGGCAUGGUGGACCCAAACUGCUUUGUCAUUGCACAGUCUGUCGUGUUCACCAUCUUGGAACAACAGCACUUUAGUGAAUUCCUGCGGAGCCAUCAUUUCUGUAAAUACCAGAUUGAAGUGUUGACUAGUGGCUCUGUGUUCCUGGCUGACAUCUUGUUCUGUGAGUCAGCUCUCUUCUACUUCUCUGAGUACAUGGAAAAGGAAGAGGCAAUGAAUGUACUGCAGUUCUGGUUGGCAGCAGACAACUUCCAGAACCAGCUAGCAGCUAAGAAGGGCCAGUACGACGGCCAGGAGGCUCAAAAUGAUGCCAUGAUCCUCUACGACAAGUAUUUCUCACUCCAGGCCACCAACCCUCUGGGCUUCGGCGACUCUGUGCGGAUGGAGAUAGAGUCAAAUAUCUGCCGGGAGGGAGGACCACUCCCCGACUGUUUCACCACUCCACUCAGACAGGCCUGGACAACCAUGGAGAAGGUCUACAUGCCAGGCUUCCUGUCUAGCAACCUUUACUACAAAUACCUGAGUGACCUCAUCAAUUCGGUGCGGGCGGAUGAGUUUGUGAAUGUCAGCACUCCAGGUCAGGGCGGGCCCGCGGACAACGACCGCUCAAGUUCAAAUGCCAGCGAGGGCUCUCAGACUCAGCAAGGCGCCAAAAAGGCAGUAAUCAAGAUCCUGAAGAACUUCGACGAGGCGAUCACGGUGGACGUUGCCAGUCUGGACCCCGAGUCCUUGUACCAGCGGCCGUACGCUGGAAAGAUGACGUUUGGGAAGGUGAACGAGCUGGGCCAGUUUAUCAGGGAGGCAGAGCCAGAGCCGGAUGUGAAGAAAUCCAAAGGUUCCAUGUUUUCUCAAGCCAUGAAGAAGUGGGUCCAAGGCAACUCAGAUGAGGCCCAGGAGGAGAUGGCGUGGCAGAUUGCCAAGAUGAUUGUCAACGAUGUUGUCCACCAGUCAAACCAUGACAGCCCCAGCAAGAGCACCAAGUUAUGACCCCACUGAGGCACCAAAGGACUGUCACUCCCUGCAGACGCUGGCCAAGCCAGUGAUAGACUGAACACAGGGUUCAUACUGCAACGAACAGCAUUACUCUGAGAAAGAACAAGGCAUCUCAUCACCUCCCCAGCCACCGUGUGUCUGAGUGUGUGUGUGGUAGUGAGCCUGGGCGAGUGAUCGGUCACACAUGGACUAAUAGAAAACUUGAAGUUCAUCAUUGUUCCAAUCUUCCAACUCAGUAACACUAUAAAGGUACAUCUGUAGUGGCGACAAGUAAAGCCGAGCGCCUGCAUCAGACUGGUGAGCGUUACUCCUGAAGAAGGAACAUGAUACCAGAAGAAAGCCGGACGAAGAAGCAGCAGGAUGUUGGUCAGAACUAUCACUGCUUUGUCAGUCUUACUGCGGACCUACGGAGGAUGUGACAAGGACUGAAUUAUGCUCACUCCCUCAUGACACACCUCCCCACACCUUUGAAAACCAUUCCUUGUUUUUACAUUGAAAUCCUCUCCUAAGGGUCAGCUGCUUUAGGCUCAUUGGUUCGGAGCGUUGUACAGUUUUUGCAUACGCUUCCCUCAGCCUGCCUGGAGUGGUUCUGUCAGCUGUUCACUGAUGUUAGCUGUCCUAACCUUUUGCGUACUGUAGAACAUCUAGAAAUGUGACAAUGAAACAGAAGAAGAGCUCGGGCUGAGUUGGUGGACUGGCUGACCUUCUGUAUGAAAACCCCGGCACCUUUACAGAGCGUAGAAGAAAUACUCCCUAAAUGAACUUAAGUGCUCCAGUUGUGUUGGAAAACUCCAAACUUCUUGUCCUAAAUGUUCUAUAUAUAUAUAUAUAAAUAUAUAUUUAGAUUUCUGGUUUACCCCAUAUAUUAAUGUUAGUCCUUUUUUAUGGUGAUCGCUCAUUUUUUUUUUACACAUCUCUGAAACAGACUUCAGUGAUGACCGGACUGUUCAACUGGAAAGUGUGCUCAGUAAAUUAAACAGUUUUUUAAAUUUCUUUUGAGCCUUACCAAGAUGUGGAAGAAAACCAGAAAAGACUCUUGGUACUAUGUACCACUAAUGUUUUCUGACAUGUACGUGUACUUAAUCUAUAAUAUAUUUAAAUUGUGUUUGAUUUAAAUACAUAUAUUAUGAAAUGUUUCUGUCUGUCCUCAUUGGUUUUUUUUUUCCUUUUGGUGAGAUUUAGCUGUGCUGUUGCUAUAUUAUUGUUGUUUCAGUCCACUGCAGGCAGCGUUUUUAUACAGAUAUCAUGUUUACAGGCAGAUUUAUUUUUAUUAUUUGCAGCAUAGUAUUAUUAAAAUGUGGGGGAAAGUGACAAACCCAGUGCCACCACCAGCAGCAGUGGGGUGGACUGUUAUCCCCUCUGACCAUGUGGGGGCAAUGUUGAUUGUAUUGCUGUGUUGGGGUAAAAUAGCGCCGGUGACACAGUGUAGUAUUUCUGACAGAAUGGGUACGUCUUGUUUUUCUGUUGCUGAGGCUACUCUGGCCUCGGUUACAACAGGUCCAGGGGGAUCCACAAAUUGUAAACUACAACUCAAAGGGCAACUUCAGCACAGUACACAGCAUUUAAAAAAACCUGGAAUUCAUGUUUACUGGUCUCACUGUUGUUGUUACCUCUCGUGGUGGAAGUCAGACGUUUCAGGAGGGACGCUGGGCUCUUCAGUAUUUUUUGAAAACGUGCAUUUGUCCCGUCCCCCACCCACCCAAUAAAAAAAAACAUAAAAGAA